AUGGUAAUCACAGAUGAAAAAACAUUCAGAGAUGUGGAAAAGGAAGGGUUUAGAAGGUAUUCUAGGGCUUUGCGUCCAGAAUUUAGUAUACCUUCUAGAGUUACAAUUAGUAGAGAUUGUUUGGCAUUAUUUGAAGCUGAAAAACAGAAGUUAAAAAGAGUGAUAAAGACUCAAAGAGUGUGCCUAACAACAGACACUUGGUCUUCAAAUCAGAAUCUUAACUACAUGUGUCUUACAGCACAUUGGAUAGACAAUGAAUGGAUACUCCAUAAAAGAAUUCUGAAUCUUUGCACAAUUGCUAAUCAUAAGGGUGAAACUAUAGGACAAGCAAUUGAGGGUUGUUUGAAAGGGUGGGGUAUUCAUAAGAUAUUCACUAUAACAGUUGACAAUGCGAGCACUAAUGAUAGUGCCAUCAAGUACAUUGUGAGAAGAAGUAAAAAUACUGGUGGAACAGUAUUAAAGCAUGAAUUUUUGCACCUUAGGUGUUCUGCUCACAUCUUGAAUUUGAUUUUACAAGAGGGAAUGAAAGAAUUGGAUGAUUCAGUCAUUAAAAUUAGAAAUGUUGUAAGGUAUGUUCGGUCUUCUCCAGCAAGACUAUUGAUUUUUAAGAGAUGCAUUGAGAUGGAAGAGAUAAAAUUCAAAGGAUUAGUUGGUCUUGAUGUUGAAACUAGAUGGAAUUCAACAUAUGUGAUGUUGAGAGCAGCUGAACAGUUUGAAAAAGCAUUUGCAAGGAUGACUGAUGAAGAUUCUAAGUACUUAGGGUACUUUAAUGGUGAGGGGAAGAAAAAGAACAAGUUAUUAGGACCACCAAUGGAUGAUGACUUUGAUAAAGCUAGGUGCUUGCUGAAAUUUCUUGAGCUAUUUUAUAUGGUGACCUUGAAAUUUUCCAGCACAUUGAGUAUAACUUCAAACUUGUUCUUUCACGAGUUAAUUGCUUUGCAAGAUGAAAUGGUUCAUUUGUCAUCAAGUGAUGAUGCUAUGCUCAGAGACAAGUCCAUUCGGAUGAUGUCAAAGUUUAUGAAAUACUGGGUGAAUGUUGAAAAUCUUAAUCCAUUGUUGUAUGUGGCUGUUGUUUUAGACCCUAGAUAUAAGCUUCGGUAUGUCAAGUACUGCUUUGAGGAUUUGUACAAUGAAGCUCAUGCUAAACAACUUACUAACAAUGUGGAAAAGGUGUUAAACCGUUUGUAUGAUCAGUAUUUGGUUGAUUCUGGAAGUAGUGGUAAGGAGAAAGGGGUUGUUAGUGAAGGAGGAUCAGAUUCUACUACUAGUUUUGUUGGGGCUGAAAAGGAUCCAGCAAAGUUGAGACAAUUAAGAUUUGCAAGAGCAAUGGAAGAAAAGGACAGUUCUGGAGGAAAAUCAGAGUGUGCCAAGUAUUUAGCAGAACCUUGUGAGAAAUUGAAGGAUGAAUUUGAUAUAUUAUUGUGGUGGAAAGUUAACUCAUCAAUCUAUCCCAUUCUUGCUCAAGUAGCACGAGAUGUAUUAGCUGUUCCGAUGUCAACUGUGGCAAGUGAGUCAACUUUCAGCACUAGUGGGCGCAUUGUAGACCCUUCUAGAACAAGUCUUGCUCCAAUAAUGGUUGAGGCACUUGUGUGUACUCAAAAUUGGUUGCGUUCAAAGCCACUUAUAAAUGACUCAGAGGCUGUUCCACUCGAUGCUCUUUCAGAUCCAAAUGAAGAUCAAGCUAAUGGUAAUGUGCUGAUUUUUUUGAGUUAUUUCCUUACAUUGACUACUUUUCAUUUUGAAGUAGCUAACCAUUUCCCUUUUCUGCCAGACUUCUUGGAUUCAAGUCCAUUCAUAUUGACUGAAGAUGAUGGACUUAUUAUUGAUGCCUAG